AUGGAUGUACUUCCAGAGAAAAAUAGAGACAACAAUGCUACAACAACACCUUCUGUCUCAAACCUGCGUUCUACAACGCGAAAUCAUGUAAUUCAUGCUGAGAGUUCAAGUGCCCAGAAUGUAGCACCGUCCUGCGCAGCUGAAAACGAUGUGAAUGAAAACUUACUGGCAAGUCUACCUUUAGAUCCAGGACUGCGAACUCCAAUAUUUGAUUAUGAUCCCAAUAUCAGAGACCGAGUUCGAAGAGCUUACCUACAAAGAGGUCCUUGUCAUCCAAAGAAGCACACUUAUCUAACAAGAAUAUCUGGCGGCAGGCCAAGAAAGUUCUGCGGCUCUUGGUUCAACGAGCACCCAAGUUGGUUGGAAUAUAACAUUUCGACAGAUGCGGUGUUUUGUCUUUGUUGCUAUUUGUUUAGAGCUGGUAGUGGUGAUUCCUUUGUGGGAAAAGGAUUUAGAGGUUGGAGGAAGAAAGAAAAGCUGCAACUACAUAUUAAAGAAGAAGAAAAACAUAAAUAUGUAGAAGAACUUUAUGUCGUAAUGAGUUACUUGGUGAAUGUGGUAGCUGGAUCAGCCAACCGUCAAGAUAUGCUUCGUGAGAAGCAAGCGGAGGCGGUCUUUGAGGCACUAUGUAGUGGUGAGAUAUUAACUGGGCGAGGCUUUAAUCAAGAAAGUACUCUUAAACGAGCUGGUGACACGCGUUGGGGUUCGCAUCACAAUACGAUAGUAAGCUUGAUUAAUAUAUUCUCAUCUGUUAUAACACUUUUGGAAGAUUUAGCAGUGGAUUCUGAUAAGAAAUUUGAAGCUAAGGUUCUCCUAGAUUCUUUGCAAAAUUUCAAUUUUAUUUUCAGCUUGCUCUUGAUGAAAAGGAAUCUGAGAAUUACAAAUGAUUUGUCAAAGGCAUUGCAGAGAAAAGAUCAAGACAUUGUCAAUGCCAUGAAAUUAGUUACAGUAUACAAGGAACGACUCUAG